UGUACGUGGAGAUUCCUUCACCCUCCUUUUACGCAUGUACAUUCAAGAUCUAUCAUCUGAAAUAUCAAUUUACAAGUAAGUAGGCCUUUUAUCGUGCGCUUGCAAAACGUAAAAUACUAUAAUUUAUUUUUAAAAUAAAAUUAGUGGGAAUAUAACGUGUAAUAAUACUUACAUUUCUGGCUUUUGAAGCAUCGGUAUAUCCUUUCCAGAAGAUAGGGAAAAGUAGAAAUUGUGAUUGACCUUUAUCAAAAUACGAAAUAUUGUAUCAGUAUUUCCAUAUCAAUUACAUAUAUUAAAAUGAAACAAUAACCGAAUUAAAAUUCUGUCUUAAAAGUUCAUAAUGUAAGAUACCGGCACAUCUAAUUAUCAAAUGAGCGAAAGAAUUCAAAUAAUUGUCAAAUAAUUGUGGGUAGUCACAAAUUGUGAAUGUGAAAUUUUAAAUAAAUAAAAAAAAAAAAGAACAAAAAAAAAAUUCGAGAUACUCGAAUUUUCAAUAAAUUCUUAAACAAACACGUAUCAAUUAACGAAACUAAUAAUAAUGUAAAAACGGUAAUAAAAUAGCAAUGGAAUAUUGUUUAAUUAAUAGAUUAAAUUGUGCAUAUUACCUGUUACACCGUAUAGAAAACAAAAGUGAUACAUUUAACCGCUACAACUUUCAACAUUUGACUAACGUUUCGUGGCAUGGCGUCAUCUAGCGAAUAUCCUAUUGGUGGAAAUUUCUAUUGAUUGAGAUUUCCUAUUGGUGGAGAUAUUUAACUUAGCAAGCGGGAAACAUAGAAAAUCGAUCCGCCAAAUUCGAAUCGACAAAUCCUUAGAAAAGCCAGUUGCACAUAUCAUAUUACAUUGCAUAAAGUUAAUAUUGAGUUUGAAACAUAGAUGUCUUAGAAAAUAAGGUAUCCAUUCUCUAAUUUCAUUUGUCGAAUGAAAUUUAUCAAUGAAUAUUGAAUAUAGUAUGUAUAACCUGACUGUCUUACCAUUUUUAUGUCAUAUGCGACUUUAUUGACUCAAUAUAUCACAAAAUUACAUUAAUAUUGUAUACCAUUGCCUAGUACCACGUCCGUGAUGUUAUUAUGCAAUUGUAAAUUACUCUUGUAGAGGAUAUAUAGAAUUCCAUAUUUCUACCAUUCUGUAUUUCAGAACACGUGACAUGAUACCAUGCUCCUAGGCCAAUAAUUAAUAAUCGUUUGUAGUUUCGUAAAAUAAAAUACUGUUCUCGUUAAAUUUCAAUGAAAAAUAAAAUUUCACAUGCACUAUGUAGACUUUUGUAUUAAUUCUCUAAAUUUUAUCUUCAAAAUUAUUUAAUAUAAUCGUACUAUUUGUGUCAAACACCUCUUUCUAAAUCGUACAUAUUGAAAAUAUUAUAAUAAUUCAUAAAAAAGAACAUUCAGAUUUUUUUAUAUAAAUAAAUAUCAUGACAGCAUAUCGUUAACAGUAUCUUUUUUUCUAAUGAACUCAUUCCCGCAGUUAACUUCUCGGUUGUAGAAAAGAGGGACGCUAAAUAACCGAAUGACCAUGAGGUUAGGUUCUAUGAAUCUGUACCGUCCAGUUGUGUGUCGGAAGAAGGUGCGAGGUGAUUAAUGCACCAUCACCGUGGGAACGUUAAUUUGAAAAAGCGAUAUAAAGCAUGGAGAACAUCUACUGACGAGUCAUUUGACGAGUAGGUGUACGUCACCUACAUCAUUCCGUUCUUUCGUUAUAAUAAUUCAUCAGGAAAUUUUCUACAACAUCGAUACUAAAUAUAUAAUAAAAUGGAAUAUGAAAUUAAAGGUGUCAGUAAUUUUUCACACAGAUCAAAACGAAAGAACUCCGCCGUAAACGAGGAACUAGAAUACUGGAUGACUCGGCUACCAGAAGCUUUGAAAAGCCUUCCCAUAAUACGUUUGGCGAUACCCGGUUCUCAUGAUACGAUGACUUAUACCAUAAAUCGGCACAGUGACGUGGGACCCGACGAACCAAGAUACAUCAGAGCUCUUGGUCGUUAUUGUUCGUUUGUUUCAAAACCUGUUAUUUUUAAUUGGUCCAUUACACAACAUGAAAGCAUCAAGGAUCAGCUCGAUGGUGGAAUUCGAUAUUUAGACUUACGCGUAGCGACGAAGCCAACGGAUGGGAAUAUCUAUUUUGUUCAUGGCUUGUACGGAUCGAAAAUAUAUCAACCACUCCAUGAAAUAGCAGAAUGGCUGUCUUAUCACAAUAACGAGAUCGUAAUCCUAGAUUUUCAACAUUUUUAUUCAUUCUCAGAAAUGGAUCAUCACCAUCUCGUUGAAACGAUUUUCCGAAUAUUUCAAACAAAAUUAUGCCCCAUAGCAUCUACGUUUAAUCACAUCACAUUACAUUGGCUUAAUCUGGAAAAGUACCAAGUCAUCGUUAUUUACAGAAACGAAUAUGCACAAAAUUAUACAAAUUUAUGGCCAAGUGGACUGUGGCGCACUCCAUGGCCUAACACCGUUAACGUUAACGAGCUUAUAAACUUCUUAGAUAUCGAAUUGAAGACGCGACCAUUACAAAUCGGUUUCGUAUCACAAUGCCUCUUAACACCUGAUAUUCCUUAUGUAUUGAAACAUCUAUGCGGUACAUUGCAGAGAGAUUUAGUACCAUCGUGUCAAAAAGCAAUUCUUCCGUGGAUAAAUAAAAAACGACCUGGCCGUGGUGGUUUAAAUAUCGUUAUUGCUGAUUUUAUAUCUGAUCACAAUUUUUUAUUUUGUAAGACAGUCAUCAAUACUAAUAAAAAAUUGUAUUUCAAUGUACAAUAUUCCGUGUGAAAUAUUUUGUACUCGAAUGCACAUAUGUAUAUACAAAUUGAAUAUGAAAUUUACGGUUUCAAUGCAAUCUGUUUGUGAAAAAUUAUUGUAAAGAUAUUCUUCUAUCAUACAUUUUCAAUGGAAAAUUUAUUUUACUUCUAAAGAAGUAUCUGUAUAUAUAAUAAAUAGUAUAAUAGA